UCAUGUCUAACAGUGAGAAGGUGAUCUAUACGGUCUUGGAGGUUUUGAUCGCUAUAGCAUGUUGUCUUGGCAAUCUGUUGGUGAUUUGGGCCGUCUGGUCGAGCCGGGCUCUUCAUAAGACUACGUUCUGCUUUGUUGUAUCACUGGCAGUGGCUGAUUUUCUGGUGGGCGCUGUGGUCGUACCUCUGGCUGUGUUAAUUGAUGGACGAGUACAGACGAGAUUUUACACUUGUCUGUUCAUCAGCUGUGUGGUCAUUGUGUUGACCCAAGCCUCCGUUCAUUCCCUGCUUGCUAUCUCUGUGGAUCGAUUCCUGCGUAUCUAUAAUCCCCUCAGGUACAGAGGAGCGAUCAAAAAACAAAACCUGUGGGCAGCUGUCACCAUCUGUUGGGUUUCUGCUUCCUUUCUGGGUUUCGUUCCCCUGCUUGGAUGGCACAACAAAGACCCCACAACAAACGGCACCUCAACCUUCACGUGCCAAUUUCUUGCAGUCAUUCCACUGUCGUACAUGGUCAAUUUCUUCUUUUUCGUUUACGUCCUCCCACCCACUGUGGUCAUGUUCGCUCUCUAUUUGUAUAUCUUCUGUACGAUAUCUAAACAACUGAGAAGAGGAAUUGGUCAAGCUGUGGAGUCCAGGUCUUUUUUGCAGAAAGAACGUGAAUUGGCCAGCUCGCUGGCUUUGGUGUUGGCUCUGUUUGCUAUUUGCUGGUUCCCGAUUCACAUAAUGAACACAUUGGCCUACAAUACAAGUCUAAACAUGCCGCCUCUGGUCUUUCACAUAGGUAUUCUACUUUCUCAUGGCAACUCUGCAGUUAACCCAAUAGUGUACGCUUUCAAGGUCCCAAAGAUUAAGACUGCAUAUAAAAACAUCUUGAUGAAGCUCAUAAGCUGGAAGCAAAACACAGAUCAAAACAGCCAAAACUUGGAUAAAACCGCUACCAGCUCCAACACUAACAUCAGGUAUAAGGUGAAAAAAACCCAAGAUGGUUUUGAUCAUUAGUUAAGAUCUUUAGCAUGGGACAGUUAUGUAAUCUCUAGUAAUAUGCAUCAUUAACAUGAUUAAUGUAAAUGUAUAUUGAUAUACAGUAUACAGCAUUAUAUUUCUGAUACUGAGAUAUUUCAAGCAAUAUCGUAGUUUUCUGAGUAUGUCUGCAAAUAGAAGAUGAUUUGCAAAAACUGUCAAACGUAGCCUGAUAAUAUUUCUGCUUACUGCAGAUUUGUGUAUUUAACACAGACAUCUUAAAAUUCUGAGCUGAUUUUUUUAAUCACAGCAUCUCGCUACACAUCUGUCAUAAUACACAUGCUUAAGUUUUAAAAAACACAUUUAGGAAAUUCCUCAAGCACCACAUUGCUGAAAAAACUGUUAUGUAGAUAUUUUUGAUAAGUUAAUCUAGCUCAAUUUUGAUAUAGUGCCAGACUAAUGAUUAGCUAAUCUAAAGAUUGGUAUUUUAAAAUAAUUAAAUUUGUACUUUGUAUUUAUAUUUUAGUUGAAAUUUGAUGUUUGUAAAUCACAAUUUAAAAUGUAUUUUAUAUACUUUAAAAUAAAACAUUUCAAUUAUACUUUGUAUGCUUAAAAUAUUUUUAUACUGUAUGGUUUAUUUUUAUACAGAAUACUUUAGAUACUGAAAAA